AUGACGAUAACAGAGCCGGCUGCCGGUGGUGUCCGGAUUGCCAUUGACCGCGGGGGCACAUUUACCGAUGUAUGGGCCAGUCUCCCAGGCAAGCCCGAUAUCGUCCUCAAACUUUUAUCCGUCGACCCUGCCAACUACGCCGACGCCCCGACUGAAGGCAUCCGGCGCGUCCUCUCCCUCCACCGGGGCGAGGAGAUUCCCCGUGGGGUCCCACUUCCGAAGGAUGACCUCGAGUCUAUCCGUAUGGGGACCACGGUUGCGACUAAUGCGCUGCUGGAGCGCAAGGGGACGAAACAUGCGUUUCUUGUUACCAAGGGGUUUCGCGAUCUGUUGCAGAUCGGAUAUCAGUCGCGACCUCGAUUGUUUGACCUGAACAUCGUCAAGCCGGAGGCUCUCUACUCGGACGUUCGGGAGAUUGAUGAGCGAGUUACUAUCGAGGGGUUUGAUGAGGAUAUCGACGGCAUCUUCAAAACAAACAAGGAGAUUCCUGGUGUUCUCGUGAAAGGAACUAGCGGUGACAUGAUUCGGAUCCUCAAACCACUGGAUGACUCUGCCGUCCGGCAAACAUUGAAGGACCUCCGGGCGCAGGGUUACGAUACUGUGGCCGUCUGCCUUACACACUCACACGUCUUCCCAGCCCACGAGGCCCGCGUCGAAGAGCUCGCGCUCGAAGAAGGCUUCACUCACAUCUCGCUGUCGUCGAUGGUCGCAGCCAAGAUGAUCAAGAUGGUCCCUCGCGGAAGCUCUUCAUCCGCAGAUGCAUACCUCACUCCGGAGAUCAAGCGGUAUCUCAGCGGCUUCGCCAAGGGAUUCCAAGAUGGAAACCUCGACGGCGUCCGGUGCGACUUUAUGCAGUCGGAUGGUGGACUAGUUAGCCAUGACCGGUUCAGUGGCCUCCGUGGUAUCCUCAGUGGACCUGCUGGCGGCGUCGUCGGGUACGCGCGCACAUCCUACGAUGCAUCCUCCGGAACCCCAGUCGUCGGCUUCGACAUGGGCGGAACCUCCACAGACGUGUCCCGCUUCGGCGGAAGCUUCGAGCACGUCUUUGAGAGCGUCACGGCGGGCGUCACCAUCCAAAGCCCACAGCUCGACAUCAACACCGUCGCGGCUGGCGGCGGGUCCAUCCUCUUCUGGAGAAACGGGCUCUUCGUUGUUGGUCCUGAAAGCGCCUCGUCACACCCAGGGCCUGCGUGCUAUCGCAAGGGUGGGCCGCUCACUGUGACGGACGCGAAUUUGUUCCUCGGUAGAUUGAUUCCUGAUCUAUUCCCAAAGAUCUUUGGCGAGAACGAGGAUCAGCCGCUUGAUUUGGAGAUCGUCAGGGAGAAGUUCAUUGCGCUCACAGAUGUGAUCAAUCGCGAUACGGGCGAUUCACUUACCCCCGAGGAGGUUGCUUGUGGGUUUUUGGAUGUGGCGAAUGAGACCAUGUGUCGGCCGAUUCGGGCGCUGACGGAGGGGAAGGGGUAUGAUAUUGCAAGCCACAAUUUGGCGGUCUUUGGAGGCGCAGGAGGUCAACAUGCCUGUGAUAUUGCCAGGACGCUGAAGAUCUCGACGAUUGUCAUCCACAAGUUCUCUAGUAUUCUAUCAGCAUAUGGUAAGUCUGACCAUUGCUACCUGCACCAGAGUCACUAA